AUGAAGAAAACGACUAGUAGUUCAACAAUGUCAAAAAAUCAAACUACUCUUGGACAAUUUUGGUCAUCUAAUAAAUCGAAAUCAUCAACAACUAAUAUUAAAAAUCCAUCAGUAUCUCAACAUAUUGACGACGAUGAUGAUGAUGAUGAUAUUGAAUUAUUAACUGCUAUGGAACAGUUUGAAAAGAAUAAUUUACCUUCUUCAUCGUCUUCUUCUUCUUAUUCUGUUCCAGCAACUAAACCACCUCCAACAACAACAACAUCUACAUCUACAUCAAAAUGGCCAAUAACCUAUAAACCAGAACAAAAUUCUAAACAAACACAUCAUGGAUCAGUAUCAGCACCUGUAAAUGUGAAUGAACAUAUGCAUACAUAUCCAGAUUUUGAUCGACAAUCAGGAUCUAUUUGGAUUUAUCCAACAAAUUAUGAAAAACGUGAUUAUCAAUAUAAGAUAGUUAGUGAAGCAUUAUUUCAAAAUACACUUGUCGUUCUACCAACUGGUCUAGGAAAAACAUUUAUAGCAGCUGUUGUUAUGUAUAAUUAUUGUCGUUGGUAUCCAACAGGUAAAAUUAUAUUUACUGCUCCAACUAAACCAUUAGUCGCUCAACAAAUGGAUGCUUGUGCUAAAGUAAUGGGUAUUCGAAAGAGUGAAAUGUGUGAAAUGACUGGUGGAGUUAAUCCAGAAGAACGAAAAAGACUAUGGUUAGAAAAAAGAGUGUUUUUCUUAACACCACAAACAUUAAAUAAUGAUCUUGUUAAAACUACAUGUCCAUGGGCAAAAGUUCGUUGUUUAAUUAUUGAUGAAGCACAUCGAGCACUUGGUCAACAUGCUUAUUGUCAAGUUGUUCAAGAAUUAAGUAGAAAUGGUGAAGAUUAUCGUAUUCUUGCACUUAGUGCAACACCAGGAAAUAAUGUCGAAGCUGUACAAAAUGUUAUUCAAAAUCUUAAAAUAUCUCAUAUUGAAAUGUUUACAGAUGAUUCACCUGAUAUUAAAAAAUAUAGUUUUGAUAAAAUAAUUGAUAAAAUUGUUGUUAGUUCUAAUAAAUUAAUGCAAGAUAUGCGACGAUGUAUUUUAAGUAUACUCCAAAAACCAGUUGAAACACUUGCUAAAUUAGGAGUUGUUUAUCAAAAGAAUCCUGAACAUAUUUCAUGUGGAUCACUUAUUUUAACAAUGAAAAAAGUAACAAAAGAUAAGCCAACGAAUUUAAAUGAUAAACAAUACCAAGAAGCUAAAGGUGCAAUUUUCUUUGCCAUAUCAUUCUUUCAUGCACUUGAUGAAUUAGAAAAACAUGGUUUACAAUCUGUAUAUAAUUUCUUUAAAAAAAAAUUAACUGAAGAUAAAAAAAAUGGUUUAUUACAUGCAACAUUUAAACAUAAUACCGAAUUAAAUGAAAUCUAUACUCAAUUACAAAAUCUAUUUGAUUUAUCACAAGUUAGUACACAACAACGACGUGUAACAAGUGUCCAAGUUGCUCAUCCAAAAUUAGCUAAAUUACGUGAAUGUGUUGUUGAACAUUUUCAAACAUUUGAACGUACAAAAACAAAAGCCGAUGAUCAAACACGUGUUAUUAUAUUUAGUGAAAAACGUGAUAGUGUUAGAGAAAUUACAGAACUUCUUGAACAAGAUCGACCAUUAGUUAAACCAAUGUUAUUUAUUGGACAAGCUUCAUCACAUGGUGCUGGACAGGGUAUCAAUCAAAAAUUACAAAAAAAAGUUGUGACUGAUUUUCGUGCUGGUGGUUAUAAUGUACUUGUAGCAACAUCAAUUGGUGAAGAAGGUUUAGAUAUUGGUAGUGUUGAUUUAAUUAUUUGUUUUGAUGCACUUAAAUCACCAAUUCGACUUGUUCAACGUAUGGGUCGAACAGGACGUGCUCGACAAGGUCGAAUUGUUCUUCUUAUGACUGAAGGUAAAGAAGAACGAACAUAUCAUGAAGGUGAAAUGCAACAAAAACGUAUAUUUAAAUUAAUUAUUGAUGGUGCACGUAUGCUAAAUUUAUAUCCUAAUAAUCUUCGAAUGGUUCCAUCCGAUAUUCAACCCAAAUGUCAAGAAAUGGCAGUUAAAAUGACUGAUGAUACUGAUAUAUCGGAUAGACAAAAUAAAAAAAAGUUUAAAGCAAACGAUACAGAUUUUAAUUCAAUAAUAAAUAAAACUAAACAACAAGAAAAUUUAUUGAAAUUAUUUCGUAAAGAUAAAUUACUUACUGAUAAUGAAUUUUAUCAUUGGGUAAGAAAUUAUCAAUUAAAUGAUGAUGAUGAUGAUAAUGAUAAUAAUGAAAAAUCAAUAUCUACUAAAGAUCGAUUAAAAUUAAUGAUGAAAACAGUUAUUGAAAAAUGGUCAAAUGAACAACGAGAAAUUCAAAGUCAAACAAUGCAUUCAUCUCGAACGAAAAUAUUAGUAGAUUUCAUGAAGAAUUAUACGAAUGAAAGAAUUUUUGUUGAUAUUCCAAAUAAUACAUGGCCAAUGGAUGAACCAACACCAAUUGAAACAAUUAUUCCGGAACGACCAAAAAUGCCAUCACCAUUUGAUCGUUCAAAAUUAAAAGAACAAAUUAAAGCAAAGGUAAUAUGUUCACCACUUGAUCUAACGAAAUUACCCAACGAAUGUGAUCAAUUAUUAAAUCUUCAAGCGAUUGUACAUAAAAAAGAUGAAGAAAUUGAUUGUGGAGAUUUAUUUGGUACUGGUUCAACAUUUGAUAUAACAUGUCCAAAGUUGGAAUCAACUAAUAUUGAAUCCAUAUAUGAUAAUGAUGAUGUUAAUACUGGAAAUUUUAAUAUUACAAUGGAUGAUCUAUUUCCAGCAUCUCAAACAUCUCAUUUAUCACCAACAUUACAGAUAAAUGAUGUUAAAUCUCAACAAAAAAGUCUUUUUGAUGAUGAUGAUGAUGGUAUGGAUGAUGAUGAAUUAUUAGAAGCAUUUAAUCAACAUAUGGAAUCAUCAUCAAAUCAAAUAACAAAUCCAAGUCCUGUAUUAGUACUGACAAAUAGAAUUAAUACACAGCAUCACGAAAAUACUCAAGCAGCUGAUAUUACAUUACCGAAAUUUGAUUUAGAAUUUAGUUUCGAUGAUACUAAUACAGUCAAUACACAGCAGCAAGAAAAUACUCAAAAAGCUGAUGUUACAUUGCCAAAAUUUGACGUAGAAUUUAGUUUCGAUGAUACUAAUACAAUUAAUACACAACGUCAAGAAAAUACUCAAACAGCUGAUGUGACAUUACCAAAAUUUGAUUUGGAAUUUAGUUUCGAUGAUAUUAAUACACAACGUCAAGAAAAUAUUGAAGCAACUGAUGUGACAUUGCCGAAAUUUGAUUUAGAAUUUAGUUUCGAUGAUAUUAAUACACAACGUCAAGAAAAUACUCAAACAGCUGAUGUGACAUUACCAAAAUUUGAUUUAGAAUUUAGUUUCAAUGAUCUCGAUAAUAGUGAUGAAUCCAAUAAGAAAAUACUCGAUACUUCUAUAUCUGAAACAACAAAUAAAAAUAAUGUUACAACAGAUUCUGAGAAAUUUGAAACACCAAUUCGACCAGUUCCAUCAAAGAAACGUGUUCGACGUCUUUCAAUUGUAACACCUGAUAUAGUCGAAAGAAAAAAAUCUAAAAGUGCACAAGAACUUUCUACUGAACAACAAGAACGACAUUUUCAUCGACGAUUAGCAUCAAAUUUUCUUGAUCAAGAAGCUAGUGUUGAUGAAACACUUUCUCAAACAGUAUCAUCAGAUGAAGUUGAAAAUGAUCAUGAUAAUGAACAUGAUCAUUUUAUUGAUGAUCGUCAAGUUUUAACACAAAUGCCAAAUAUUGAUAUGACAAGUAUUUAUUUAAAAAGUAUAAAAAGUCCACAAAUAAAUAUACGUCAACCACCACGAUCAAUACCAAUAGAAGAUAUUUAUUCACAAUUACCACAUAUGACAAUGGAAGAUGAUAUUUAUGAUGAAGAUGAUAGUUUUGUUGAUGAUACAACACAAAUAAUAGAUGAUCAUCAUGGUGAAGUUGAUUAUGAUGAACUUGCAAAUAUUCUUGGUACUCAAUCAGUUGUACAUCGUCAAUGUAAAGUAACUAGACGUGGUGUUAAAUUUGGACGAACAUCAGAAACAACAACACCACAACGUAAACUACCACGUCGUGUUCAAAUAGCACAAAGUCCUAUGUAA